AUGGUCGGAAUCGGUCCCAAGCGUCCCCCUUCCCGCAAGGGUUCCCGCCAUGAACUUCCCCAGAACCUCCUGCAGCAGAUCAAGGAGUUCGAGGACAUCUUCACCGUCGACACCGCCAAAUUGAAGCAGGUUGUCGCUCACUUUGUCAAGGAGCUGGAGAAGGGUCUCACCGUCGAGGGUGGUAACAUUCCCAUGAACGUCACCUGGGUGAUGGGCUUCCCCGAUGGAAACGAACAGGGAACUUUCCUCGCACUCGACAUGGGUGGUACCAACCUUCGGGUUUGUGAAAUCACCCUGACAGAGGAGAAGGGAGCUUUCGAUAUCACUCAGUCCAAGUACCGCAUGCCUGAGGAGCUCAAGACCGGCACCGCCGAGGAGCUCUGGGAGUAUAUCGCCGACUGUCUGGAACAAUUCAUCAACGCCCACCACGAGAACGAGAACCUCGACAAGCUGCCAUUGGGCUUCACCUUUUCCUACCCAGCUACUCAGGAAUACAUUGAUCACGGCAUCCUCCAACGCUGGACCAAGGGCUUCGACAUUGAUGGCGUCGAGGGCCAGGACGUGGUUCCGCCUUUGGAGGAGAUUCUCAAGAAGAGAGGUCUCCCCAUCAAGGUCGCUGCCUUGAUUAACGACACUACCGGAACCCUGAUCGCUUCCGCCUACACCGACCCUGCAAUUAAGAUCGGCUGCAUCUUCGGCACCGGCGUCAACGCUGCUUACAUGGAGGACGUCGGUUCCGUCCCCAAGCUCGCCUAUAUGAACCUGCCUCCCGACAUGCCGGUGGCCAUCAACUGCGAGUACGGAGCCUUCGACAACGAGCAUGUUGUGCUACCCCUCACCAAGUACGACCACAUUAUCGACCGCGACUCUCCGCGUCCCGGCCAGCAGGCCUUUGAGAAGAUGACGGCCGGUCUCUACCUGGGCGAGAUCUUCCGGUUGGCGCUCCUGGACCUCCUCGAGAGCCGUCCCGGUCUCAUCUUCAACGGCCAGGACACGUCCCUGCUGCGCAAGCCCUACCUGCUCGACUCGUCCUUCCUGGCCGCCAUCGAGGAGGAUCCGUAUGAGAACCUGCAGGAGACGUCCGAGCUGCUGGAGCGCAAGCUGAACAUCAAGGCGACCGAGGCCGAGUUGGAGAUGAUCCGUCGGUUGGCCGAGCUGAUCGGAACCCGGGCCGCGCGCCUCUCGGCAUGUGGUGUGGCCGCCAUCUGCACCAAGAAGAACAUCAAGUCCUGCCACGUGGGUGCCGAUGGCUCUGUCUUCACAAAGUACCCACACUUCAAGGCGCGCGGAGCCCAGGCGCUCCGCGAGAUCCUGGACUGGGCACCCAACGAGCCCGAUCGGGUGGAGAUCCUCGCGGCCGAGGACGGAUCAGGUGUGGGCGCCGCGCUGAUUGCGGCGCUGACGCUGAAGCGGGUCAAGGCGGGCAACUUGGCUGGUAUUCGCAGCCUGGAUGAGAUGAAGAGAUUGACUUGA